AUGGCGCUGUCUGCAAUACAACCACCUCCUGCCUCAGGUCCCGGCACAGCCGCCCCACAGCGCUCCUACCGGAGGCUGAUCAUCUCCGUUCUCUUUGUGCUUGUUGCAUUCUCAUUGCUUCCAGGCGUCUCCGCCUCCACUGGGGAUCGUCUACCUGACUUUAUCUCAUGCACAGCACAGUGUGAUGCGUUGAAUUGCGAUGAAGGCUCCUCCUAUGUUCCUAUUUACCUACGUCUGCUUUUUUGGACGUGCUCCCAGAAUUGCGACUACACCUGCCAACGUUUGGUGACGGCGGAUCGCAUUAUGAUGGGUGAGUCUGUGGAGCAGUUUCAUGGUAAAUGGCCCUUUUUGCGGAUUGCUGGAGUACAGGAACCCCUUUCAGUACUUUUUUCCAUUCUUAACUUUGUCCCGCAUUACCACGGCUUUCGCGCCCUUCUUAGCUCCCUCCGUGCACCCAACGCACCCACAACUCUUCUUUGGGUUUACCUCGGCAUUGCCAUUACCGGAAUGAACGCUUGGACUUGGUCAUCCGUUUUUCACACACGCGACUUUGUUGUAACUGAAUGCCUUGACUACUUUUCGGCCGGCCUUACGGUGUUAUACGGGUUUUACGCGGCCUCUGUGCGCGUAUUUCGUCUGGAUUACCCACGCCGUCGCUACACAAGAUACACACUAGCAUUUGUGUGUAUUGUUUUGUACAUUUUACAUGUACUUUAUCUUUCGCUUGUCCGUUUUAAUUACGGUUACAAUAUGUUGGCCAACGUUUUUGUGGGGCUGUUGCAAAAUGUGCUUUGGGUAAGCUUUUCACUUUUUCAAUACUGGAAAUUUCGAGAAUACUGGCGUUUGUGGCCCCUUGGUCUCGUUAUCACUGUCUCACUGGCCAUGUCCUUCGAGCUUUUCGAUUUCCCGCCCAUUUUGGAUAUGCUGGACGCCCAUGCUUUGUGGCACGCUGGCACUGUGCUGCCCACUUACUGGUGGUACAAUUGGAUGAACCGCGAUAUUCAAGCCUUAAAAACUUCGAAGGUUAAGAACUGA